AUGAACGAAGGACUUGAGAACAACUUGACUCAACUGCAUGACAACUGGACAUUUUACAACUCCUCCGUGGAGUAUGUCAUACCCAGGAGCAACAUCACCUAUGUUGGAUUUUACCUGCAUCAGCCAUCCACAGCAGCCAUCUUCAUUGUGUCCUACCUGCUGAUCUUCCUCGUGUGCAUGGUGGGAAAUGGAGUGGUGUGUUUCAUUGUGAUGAGGAGCAAAAACAUGCGGACUGUCACCAACUUGUUCAUCUUAAACCUUGCUGUGAGUGACCUCCUGGUUGGGAUUUUCUGCAUGCCCACAACACUUCUUGACAACAUAAUUACAGGAUGGCCUUUUGGAAGCCUGGUCUGCAAAAUGAGCGGCAUGGUUCAAGGGAUCUCCGUGUCAGCAUCUGUCUUCACUCUGGUUGCUAUUGCUGUUGACAGAUUCAGAUGCAUUGUCUACCCAUUCAAGCAAAAGUUGACCAUAUCCACAGCCUCCUUGAUAAUAGUCAUUAUCUGGGUUCUGGCCAUAUCCAUUAUGUGUCCCUCUGGGGUGAUGCUCCAAGUGACCAAGGAGCAAACCAUUCGGGUGUUACUGGGCUAUGACAACAAAACAAGCCCGUUUUAUUGGUGCAGAGAGAAUUGGCCAAACCAGGAGAUGAGGAAGAUUUACACCACUGUCCUGUUUGCAAAUAUCUAUCUUGCUCCUCUUUCCCUCAUCGUGAUCAUGUACGGCCGGAUUGGCAUUACACUUUUCAAAACAGCGGUUCCAACGGGAGGAAAGCCAGGCAAAGACAACCGCCACACUGUGUCAAAGAAAAAGCAAAGGGUGAUUAAAAUGCUUCUAUUAGUUGCUUUGCUUUUCAUCCUUUCCUGGCUACCUCUGUGGACCCUCAUGAUGUUGAGCGACUAUGCCAGCCUGACUGAGCAGCAGUACAGAAUCAUCAACAUUUACAUUUACCCCUUUGCCCACUGGCUAGCCUUCUUCAACAGCAGCGUCAACCCUAUCAUUUACGGUUUCUUCAAUGAGAAUUUCCGCAGAGGAUUUCAAGCUGUGUUCAAGUUUAGCCUGUGUACGGCGGAUGGACAGCGGAGAAAAACCUACUCGCACAGGCUGCAGGGAAACUCUGUGCUCCCAGCUAAUAAUGCACAAACGUCCCUGGAGCCCAUUUCUCUUAACAGCCUAGAUAAGAACCCUUCCAGGCGACUCAACCACGUUACUGAACAGGACCUGGUCAUGGAGGACAUGGAGAAGGCAUCUUGCAGCAGUGGGGGUGUGACUGCAGUGUCUAUUUGAGGAGACACAUGGAUAAUUUU